AUGACAGGUUACCCGUCCGACCACGGUAGUAUGACAGGUUACCCGUCCGACCACGGUAGUAUGACAGGUUACCCGUCCGAUCACGAUAUUAUGACAGGUUACCCGUCCGACCAUGGUAGUAUGACAGGUUACCCGUCCGAUCACGAUAUUAUGACAGGUUACCCGUCCGACCACGGUAGUAUGACAGGUUACCCGUCCGAUCACGAUAUUAUGACAGGUUACCCGUCCGACCAUGGUAGUAUGACAGGUUACCCGUCCGACCACGGUAGUAUGACAGGUUACCCGUCCGAUCACGAUAUUAUGACAGGUUACCCGUCCGACCACGAUAUUAUGACAUGUUACCCGUCCGACCAUGGUAGUAUGACAGGUUACCCGUCCGACCACGAUAGUAUGACAGGUUACCUGACAGACCAGGGAAGUAUGACAGGUUACCCGUCCGAUCACGAUAUUAUGACAGGUUACCCGUCCGACCACGAUAUUAUGACAUGUUACCCGUCCGACCACGAUAGCAUGACAGGUUACCUGACCGACCAGGGAAGUAUGACAGGUUACCCGUCCGACCACGACGUCCGACCACGGUAG